AUGUUACGCUGCCUUUUUCUCUUUCAGCUCCCAGUCAUUUCAGCUUUGGAGCAGCGCUUCCUGAGCCUGUUGAAGCGGCGCGCAGAGCAGCUAACUGAACGGAGGCGUCAAGACGUUCGCGAUCAAGCUGAAGAACUAUCUCCUCUAUCCAGAUCUGGUGCUUCAACUUCAAACAGAAGAUCUCGGGAUGAAGAAGAACAACGAACACGGCGAGCUGCUGAGCGUGAGGGAAGACGCACUAGAAGACGGAGAGCCCGUGAAAUGAAGAACAGUGCUCGUCACGUUGAAGGGAUGUCUAGUGAUGACGAAAUGACUGAAUUAGAGACAACUGCAUUUCGUAAUCAAAAAGAAACAAUUGAAAAUGAUGCUAGAUUGGUCUUCGAAGAUGUUGUUGAAGAAUUCUGUACUUUACGUGGAGUAAUGAAAAGAUUUGAAGAAUGGAGAAUUACUGAUCCCAAUGCUUACAAAGAAGCGUAUGUGAGUUUGUGCUUACCAAAAGUGUUGGGGCCAAUAAUAAGACUGAAAAUUCUGCCAUGGAAUCCUCUUGAGGAUACAUCUGAGUUUGAAAGACAUAAGUGGUAUGAUUGCCUUCUUUUAUACGGCUUAAGUGAGUCAGAAACUGAAGAAGGUUUACGUAAAGAUCCUGACUUGAAAUUGGUACCAUUGAUUGUUGAGAAAGUUUUGUUGCCUAAAGUAGAACAAUUGGUAAUUGCACAAUGGGAUCCUGUUUCAACUUUACAAACAUUGCGAUUGGUGGGACUUCUUAAUCGCAUCAUUCAAGAAUACCCUACUUUGGGACCUGACAGUAAACCACUUCAUAGUCUUGUUAAAUCUAUCAUUGACAAAAUGAAGAAUGCAGUGGAAAAUGAUAUAUUCAUUCCAAUAUAUUCUAGGCAAAUAUCAGAUUCAAGAAGUAGCUCUAUGGGGCAGUUUUUCCAGAGGCAGUUUGCUAGUGCAGUAAAGUUACUUCGUAAUCUCUUAAGUUUUCAAGGCAUAGUAAGUGAUCGUAUUCUUGGUGAAGUGGCUCUGGGUUCACUUUUGAACCGUUAUCUGUUAGCAGCGCUUCGGACUUGUGAACCUGGGGAUGCAGCUGAGAAGUGUAAUAUGAUUGUUACAACAUUUCCACGAUGGUGGUUUCAACAGAACUGCAGUCUACCUCAACUUGGCAUGUUUACAAAUCAGCUUAAGACAAUAGCACAGGGUCUUGAUAUAAAUACUCAAGGCGGAAGUGGAAUUAGUAUGAAGGUAUCAAUAGGGUUUUUAAUUUGGAUUUCUGCCAUCUUUGCUGGUAGUAAUGGACUUUUCUUGAAAAAUUCUGAAAUCUUGUAUCAAUAUAAUGCCAUUGUAAAAGCAGGCACAUUAACACCUCUUCAUGGUUCUUCAGAUUGGGCUUUAAAAGGCACCUUAAGAUUGCAAGUUCAUUCCCCAGAUGUUAUUCUCCAGUUUAAAGAUCUUACCGUCUCCCUGUUUAAUGGAAAACAUGAUAAAUCACCUCCAGAGCUAACAUAUCUUCCAAUACCAGAGGAAGCGAAUGAAUUGCUGAAACCAUUUGUUAUUCAUUAUGAUGAAGGGAAAAUAAAAAACAUAUCAGUUGAAGCAGAUGAACCUAUUUGGUCAGUUAAUAUGAAGCGUGCAUUAGCAAGUAUUUUUCAGUUAGAAGAGGCAGCAUUGCAAAUACCUUCUUUUAUUUCUAAAGAAACUUCUCUUUAUGGUAAUUGUGAUGUUGAAUAUACUGUGACUAAUGUAAGCAAUGAAAUAAUUGUGCGAAAAUUCAUUGAUCACUUGACAUGUGAAAACUACCCUCGAUUAAUAUGGAAAAAUACUUCACCUCUGCUAUGCCCCUCUGGCAGAAGUAUUGUUACAUCCACUUCAGGAAGAUUGUAUGUGUUGGUUCCAACUGAAGGAGUGCUGACUCUCAAACAUGUGGAAGUUCAUAGUGGAGUUGAUGUGCAACCUUUUCAUGCUCACGGAGAAUUAAAUUAUGCUUUUGUUAAUCAAUCCAUUUCUAUGUCUUCAAGAGGAUCAAUCACUGAAAAUAUAAGCCUUCAAAACAAUAUUGUGCAAGUUGACUUACUUUAUGAACUUCCCCGCCAGGACUUAACUCAGGGUCGUGCUCCCUAUAAUGAUGAAGAACAUUUAAAAAUGGUAUUUGUACAAGUAGACACAUACUUAAAAAGAAUUAUUGACACUUUGGAAGUUGAUUCUUCUCUAAAUGAAAUAAAAUCAGCUCAUAAUGAGUAUAUUCCUCAUUUACUUCACUUUUUGUCUCUAAUUAGUAGGCCGCAUUUGGAACAAUAUUAUAAUGAAUUGGCAAUUGGUACAAGCUACCAUCAGGAGACACAAAGGAAUCUCUUUUUGAAAUUACUUCCACAAGUUGGAUCUAAUGAUGCUAUUUUGUUGAUACAAGAUCUAGUACGAACUGGAAAAGAAAAAGGGAAAAUUGCUAUUGAAUUGCUGACUAAAUUGUUGUCUUUGGGGGAUGAUAUUAUUGAAGAAGUCAAACAGUCUGCUAUUCUUACAUUUUCCAUAAUGGUUCAUAAAGUAUGCAAAACAAAUUGCCGCCCAGAAACAUUGGAAAAAUAUGUGAGAUUAUUCAUCGAUAAGUUUUCAAAUAGUCGAUCUUAUAGUGAGCAAGUUUUGUAUUUGGAAGUUCUUAACAACAUCGAAUUGGGUAAUGUAUUUGACUACCUUGUUCCCAUAAUCAAAGGAAAAGUAUCAGUUUUCACAGAAAAAACUCACCAUAUCAGGUUUUUAGGAGUAUGGGCUAGCAUGUCACAAGCUGUUUUUAACCCACACAAGGUUGGAGAGUUGUAUUGGCCUAUUCUUGCUAAUCGGUCAGAACAUCUUGAGAUGCGAGUUGCUGCUCUCACAAUGCUCAUACUGGCAAAACCGACUCAUAGCAAUUUUGUGAAUUUAUUAUGGUUCAUGCAAUCAGAACCUAAUGCCCACCUUCUUCACUUUUAUUAUACAACAUUAGAAUCACUUAUUGAAACUCAGUACCCAUGUUACACAGGACUAGGCACUUUAGCUUCACACAUUAUUCGCUAUGUUCGACCUCCUGCUAUUCGUAACUGGGCAACAGGAAAUUACAUCUUAGAUUACUCUGAUCCAAAGCAUGGAUUUGGAGGACUUGCUCAACUUUUUGCAGUAGCAAACCAACGAACUGGCAACCCCAAUGUUUUUUAUUUAUUAGCUAAUAGUCAUGCAUUGGAUCACAACUUGAGACAGUUUGCAAUCUAUCUUAAAUUGGAAGGAGUUGGUGAUGCUAUUAAGGACAUGUUAUUUAAAACUGAUAAAUCAAUCAAAUUUUCUGACUUGAUUAAUAUAUUUCAAGAAAUAAAAGCACCAAUAAUUACAUCAGAACCUAUCCACAUAGAAAUAAUUGCAAAAAUUGAAGAUAGAGUAGUGUAUUGUCAAUACAUCAAUAAAACAAAUUUCUACAAAUUAGCAGAAGUUGUGUCUAAAAUGAACUUCCUUGAACAAGAGGUGAGCAUAAAUUAUCAAACUGUGAAAGCUCCUGUGUUAAUAGAAACAACUCAGCCUACAGAUAUAGGUGUUCCUCUUCUGAUGAGAACUGAAUCAUCUGUUAUUACUUCUAUCAGAGGAAAUUUUACAAAAGAUGGAAGUUCCUCUGUGCUGUCACGAAAAAAUGAAGUUGACAUUCGUUACAUAUUCACAUCUGGGUCAAAUUUGAUAAUUUAUAACCCUAUUUUAAACUUAUGGCAUGCUGCAAGAAGGGCAGUGUCGUAUCAAAGUUACUUCCCUAUUGUGAACCAAGUUUCAGUGCAUCCUAAACAACGAGAAGUGAAGCUUAUACUUUCCAAUCCUGCAGGAGUGGUUCGAGGAUUUGUGGCACAUUCUCAAUCAACUGUGAACGUAUAUGGAAAAGGAUCUAAGAAGAUAUCACAGUUUUGCCCAAAGUGUAAAAAUUCAGUUGUUGUGACUGCUCAUGGAAGAAAACAUGUGCAUGAUAUUAUUAAUAUAUCUCUUGAUGAUAUUGGAACAAAAGUGCAAAUCUCACUCUAUGACUGUGAUCAUUCAUAUGCCUUAAAUGAUCUUAUUACACUUGUUCAAGAUAUAUUUUCUGAAAACAACAAGAAUUUCAGUCGCCCAUUCCUGGGGUUAAUUCAUUCAGUAGAUCUUUUAAGCCUUGUUCCUCCCAAAGGAAGUUGUGGACUGCGUUUUAAUGUUUCAUCUACAUCAGUAGAAAGUACAGAGUUGAUUUUGACUGGAGCCCUUAGCAAACUAGGAAAAAAACAAAUUUUCAAAAUUUCAAUUGAUCUCAAGUCUUCUGCUGCUGAAACUUCUUUAAAAUCUUGGGAUGUUGCUUUAAAUUACAAUGUUCAAAAUGAAAAUACAAAGUAUAAUCUUCAAAUGAACAUUACUCGUGCAUCAGAAGCUCAAGCAUUUCAAAAGGUUUGCUUUGACCAAGAAACAUUAUUUCCGAAAUCUACAAAUGGGCUUCUUCCAUGGAAACCAUCUGAUGAUGUCACUACAAAAGUAAACAUUGUAUGGGGAAAAUCCAAUGAGUCUUGUCCCAAAGAUGGAGGAGAAGUACAUGUUGUAGCUCAUGGAGAAGUUACAAAGGAACAAAAAGACUUGUUAAAUAAUUCAAAGUCUUGGCCUCAUGCAGCAUGUUUAGAAGACAGCAAGAACACAGCCGAAUGGGGACAAGGGUACACUCCCAUAACUGAAGCCUGUUACCGAGCAUCCGUUCCUCAGUCUUUCCUGUUAAUAAGCAAGCGAAUAAUUGCAGUUAUGGAUGCACUUACUCCAGGUUUAAUGUCUCUGCCUUUAAACGAAUUGUCAAAUUUGACUGUUUCUCUGAAAGUACCACUGAACAAACCACAUAUAUCUCUGAAUGUCAACUCAAGAAAAUUGGUACUUCCAAAGGCUGCAUCUUGGUUUGAACCAUUUCUUAUUAAUACUUGUGUUGACAUGUUAGUACCCCAAGCAAUGAGAUUUGGUGCUUUAGGAUCCUGUGUUGUUAAUUCUGCAAGAGUAAUUUCCAUUGACAACAAGACUCACAGUUUCUCAGCGUCUCCAUGCUACACUCUAGUAGCAGGAGAUUGUACACCACAUCCUCAUUUUGCAGUUUUUGCUGCAAAACUUCACUUAAAUGGAAAUGUUAUAGAAAUUUUACCAGUCAGUAAUGGAGAACUCAAAAUAUUUGUCAAUAAUGAAAAUAUUGCUGCUAAUGAAUCAGAAAGCCAGGAAAAACAAGAUUUUCGAAUUCAGCAACUUGAAAAAGGACUUGUUAGAGUGACUUCUGACACUGCCUACAUCUGGCUACAACAUAAUGGGUAUUUUCUUACAUUAGUAAUGCCAGCAUUUUACCGUGGACAAUUAUGUGGUUUAUGUGGAGAUUUCAAUGGUGAUGCAAGUAAUGAUGAUAUUGGUGUGAUACUGAAAACUCAAUGCUAAAACUCUGAAGUUGAAAAUAUCUGUAAAAGAACUCCAUAAUUAAAUGUUGAAAUAUUAAAUUUAGGUUUCUGUAUGUUUUCUAUUUACAUUUUAAUCAUAAAAGUUUAUUUUAACAGUGUGCACAAUCAGCAGUUGUUUUUUGCAUCAUUUAAACCAUGAAAUAAUGAAGUUAUACCAGAAAUAUAUCUUCAUCCACCCUAUUUUAUCUGCAUACAUUGAAUUAUUUUGCAAUGAGGAUUAAAGAUGACCAUCUUCAUGAUAUCUGAUUUUCAUCAUCAUUACAGCAAACUAUUUAUUUCAGUAAUUAGUACUUAGCUGCUGAAACAAAUCAGCAUGUAGAAAUAAACACUAAGUAAUUUCAGAAGCUAUUUUAUUUUCUGAACAAUUUACAACAACAAUAAUACAUAACAAAAUUGUGUAUCAACCCUCUUAAAUGUAUAGCAAGUACUAUUUGAUGUACAGUGAGCGAGAUCUUUUUUUUCCAAAUAAAAUUUUAAUAAUAUCAAUACAAAAACUUCAUGCAAUACCUUGCCUAGCUUUCUCCAUAAACAUUUGUCUCUGUGAAUGCAAAUCUUCAAGGAAAAGAUCAACCCGGUGAUUUUCUAAACCACAACUUUCUUCAAAAUUCUUCAGUCUAACAAUAUUUUGUCUGUUCCGUUGAUAAUGGAAGACAGCAGUCAGCAUAUGCCAAACACUAAAUUCUGGCCAAAGAACCUUGGAGAAAUACACACAUGUACUUGAAGUCUGCCAAAGAAGAAAAUCGCUUAACCUUAUUUCUCCUGAUGUUCUAAUAAGAAGAUCAGGAUUGGGACUCUUAUUAGUGUAUAAGCAUUGGCUUAUUACAUGCUUACUGAUGUCUUCUGGAAGUAUUAUUUUCUUCUCCACUCCUGCUACUAAACUCUUAAUUGCACUUGUGAUUUCAUCUCGAGAUGUAUACGCAAAAGCUAUAUUUAAAAAUGCUUUGUUAUUGUCUUUAGUAAGAAUCAUUGCUUCAGACAUUAACUGUCUCAAAUCCUCUGGAAGCAAUGCUAGGUUACCUAUCACUCUGACACUAACUCCAUGAUCCAUUAACUUUUCUCUUUCAUCAAGCAGUCUUUUGAAUUUAUCUCUUGCAAGAUCCAUCAACUCGUUCACUUCCUCAGUGCUACGUUUAAAAUUUUCUAUGCUAAAAGCAUAAACAGUAACUUCUGGUAUUCCAAGAUCCAAGCACCAUUGUAAAGUUUCCGCCAAUUUGUCAAACCCUUUCGUGUGUCCUUCCACUUUGGCUACAUUGUUUUUCUUCGCAAACCGCCUAUUUCCGUCCAUUAUAAAUGCAACAUGAUUCGGCACUCCACCACUUUUAACCACCUUUAAACACACAUACUGAAUCCAGUUCAGAGUAUUUUCACGUAACCAAGACAUUCCGUAAUAAAUGAAAAUCACAAGCACAGUUAAAUGGACCUCUUAAAUUUUGGUAUUGCUGUACAUGUAACCACGAGAAUCAGCUGAUCCGCAUACUACCACGUAGACACUACUGCAGGAGUGUGCAGUCUUUUAAAAGACCGUGAAUUCUGUCAUGUAAGAUUUCGUUGCGUUUGCAUUUAUCUUUAUUGCAAAUAUUCAGUUGAAAGUUUACAAGUACAACAAUAUCUCACUUGCCUGUGUUCAUUUCAAGGGGUUACGAAAACUUCUCGAGUUUUAUUCAAUUGACGACAUACGAGCCAUUUUGUAUUCAUUCGCAUCGGUCAGAAAUACAAGUACAGCUCUUGCUUGCGUACAAAUAAAGCCGUCCAUAACUUGCCACCAUCAUCUAAGUAUAUAAGUAAUUAUUAUGCCAGUUUAAUAGUAAUGAUUCUGAAAAUUUGCGGCAGCAAUGUUUUCAGAAUCGUGGAUCUAUUUCGCUUCGCGCAUCCUCUAAUAUUGGCUUGCGGUUCGAAUUGGUAGUGAAGUGCAAUGAGUUCUAAAUGGGAAAGCAAGUUAUGUCCGAAGAAUAGUUAUUUAUUUUUCGUCGUCAUGUUUGUUAAGUCGUAGAUUAAACAUGCAGUUAUGGAUACCGAUACGUCAUCUCAUCAAUCCUGUGUGGCAUCAGAACUGUAUUUCUUGAUUGCCAAGUUUCUUAGUGCUGGACCAUGUCAGGAAACGGCUAAGGCUUUGAAGCGUGAAUUGGAGAAGUCCAAGGCUUUACCAAAAAGAUUAGAUUGGCUGGGAAAUGAACAUGAACAGACAUUUGAAGAAUUGGAAAAAAAGUAUCCUCACAUUGGUCCUAAUCACUUAUUAGAAAUAUGCAGUCGUAUAGGACCGCUUUUAGAUCAAGAGAUCAAACCGUGUGUACCUGGAGUUUUAUCUCUACUCGGUGCUGGACGGCAGUCAUUAUUACGAACAAAACAAGACUCUGCUUCUCCUGUUUGGAGUGUGGUUGAUUAUGCAGUUCGGAAAAGAGGUUGUCCAUUAUUUGAAUCUGUAUCGCUUUCUCGAACUCACAAUAUUGUGAAAGUUAUUCAGGGAAGGGAAACAUCUGGCCCUGUGAGUCGCCGCCUUGCUGUUUCUUCCAAAUUGUACAGCAAACAGCAACUAUUUUGUCGCAGUCUUGGACAUCUUUCAGCUGUAUAUUGUUUGCUUUUUGAUCGUACUGGUCGAUAUGUGAUCUCUGGUGCUGAUGAUUUACUUGUGAAAGUAUGGAGUACAAUUGAUGGUAGAUUAAUUGCAACUCUUAGAGGGGCAUCAGCUGAAAUAACGGAUAUUGCUGUGAACAUGGAGAACACCUUAUUGGCAGCUGGAAGUUUGGAUAAAAUUUUACGUGUUUGGUGUUUCCAAACCACUGCACCUGUUGCUGUUCUCUCAAGCCAUACUGGAAUGAUUACAGCUGUGCAUUUCUGCCCUUUAUCAAGCAAUAGUGUUCGUUACCUUGUGUCAACAAGUACUGAUGGCUCUGUUGCGUUUUGGAGUUAUGAAUAUUCUAAUGGAAAAUACAAUUUUUUGACAAAGCCUAUUCAGUACAAUGAAAGAAUGCGGCCUGGACAAGCACAAAUACUUUGUGCUUCAUUUAGUGCUGGUGGCAUGUUUAUGGCAGCAGGCAGCGCAGACCAUCAUGUGAGAGUUUACCUCAUGGAAGGUGAAGAAGGACCUCAUAGAGUACUGGAAAGUGAAGCACAUUCAGAUAGAGUGGAUAGCAUACAAUGGGCCAAUAGGAAAACUAGUUUUGUUUCUGGUAGUAAGGAUGGGACUGCUCUUGUAUGGCAUUUUGAAUGUCAGCAAUGGAAGUCGAUGACCUUGAUCAUGAAUACAAAACUCCCUGGCGUUAUUGACAAAGAUGAAGAUCCAAAAUUUAAGUGGAAGGUAUCUAUGGUUUGUUGGGAUCAAAGUGACUCGUGGAUUAUAACAGCUGUAAAUGAUCAUUCCCUGAAAGUAUGGAAUUCUGCAACAGGUAAGGUACAAAUUUCUCGUUGAUUUCUGUAAUCUUUCUCUCUCUCUCUUUGAUGCAGUGUAUCAUGAAUUAAACUAAAACAAACAGAUGUGUUAGGUUGUAAGGGAAGUUGGGGUUAAGAGAAGUGAAACAUGAUACGUAGACCAUAUUGCAUAAACUAAGAAACAGAAUAUGAAAUUUAGUAUGUGUUCAAGUGUAGCUCAGUGGCAUGUGUGAGCUGCACACCAUCAAUGCUCUUGGAGCUAGAGGGCUGUGCAUGAGAGGUGAUGUUAGGCGAAGGGUCGGUCAGCCUGCAAUGUGGUGGAACACAGCUUGGAACUCAUAAGGCCUGCAUCAUAUGCAGACUCCAGGCAGCAGCUUAGCAGGAAGGAGUGCUUUCUGCCAUCUCUGUUCAUCGGGCAUCUGGGCAUCUGUGAAUCCUGCCUGACACCUUCCUCCCUCGCCCUCCGCCCCUCCCCUUCCCAGAGACUACAACGGGGAAGCUUGGUCCACUUCUAUAAUUUCAUUAUGAACUCUCAUAAGAUGUAGACUGAAUAUUUUCUGUUUAUUAUGUACUCUUGCUUUAUGAAAUUUCAUCUUUGAAGUUUUUCAUUACAUGAAACCAAUCUCUAUUUUAAUGACGGAAAUGAAAAUAAUUUUUACUCCAAGCAAGAAAAGUACAGUAUAAAAGUUGGUCAUCGUGUUUCAGGAGAACUACUUCAAGUGCUAAGAGGCCACAAAGAUGAAGUUUUCGUAGUUGAAGCACAUCCUUUUGAUCCUCAUAUUCUUCUUAGUGCUGGCCACGAUGGACUAAUUAUCAUCUGGGAUAUUAUUUCUGGAACAAUGAACACUUCAUAUCAAAACACAAUUGAAGGUCAAGGUCAUGGUGCAGUUUUUGAUGCAAAAUGGUCACCAGAUGGAACAAUGAUGGCUGCAUCUGACUCUCAUGGUCAUAUUCUCAUUUUUGGGUUUGGUUCAGGUUCUGAACAUUUUGGAAAGCUUCCUAGUGAACUGUUCUUUCACACAGAUUACAGACCACUCAUACGAGAUGCUAAUCACCAUGUUCUUGAUGAACAAACACAAACAGCUCCUCACCUUAUGCCACCUCCAUUUUUGGUGGACAUAGAUGGCAAUCCUUACCCUCCAUACUUACAAAGACUAGUUCCAGGAAGAGAAAAUUGCCAAGGUGAACAACUAAUACCAAAUAUCAUUGUAGGCGCUGGAGGUCAACAAGAAGUUAUAGAAGGUUUACCAGAACCUCGUUCUCAUAUUGACCAGAUGAUCGCCGCUCUUGCUAAUAGACAGAACGGUCCUGGAGAUCAUGCUGCUGCACCACGUCAUGCCACUUCUCCAAGAUCUGCACAUCGGGUUGGAAUGCGGCGCACUGGUGAUGUAGAAGGUGUAAGACAAUCAAGUGGGAAUUGGCAACGUGAUUCUAGCUACAUAUGGAAGCAACGAAUGCUCACAAGACCUGCAGAUCCAGGAAGUCUUCAUGCAGCUUUAAUGAAAGUAGACUCCAUAUCAAAUGAAGAAUUGACAAUGUAUCGUCGUGAACAACAUCGCCGUCCUGUUACUCCUCCUCCAGCACCACCUUCUGCUACCAGAACUGGAGCACAGACACGCAGACAUAAUCGAAAUCAACUUCAACAUAAUUAUCGUACACGUGCUGCCCAAGAGCAAAAUGCUGUUGAAAGUGAAUUUGAGAAUCAUUUUGAAAUCAUGGGAAGUGUGUCAUCAGCAAGUGAUAGAAAUAAUGAUGAUUCAACUGCACGUGAGGAAGAUUUAGGAUCUAGUAGCUCCAGCAGUGAUUCAGAAAGCUCUGAAUAUUCCGAUUGGAUUGCUGAUGCUGGUGUUAAUUUGGAGCCUCCAAAACGAAGUAGGAGGCGACCAGUUAAAAAAGAACCUCCUGUUGUAUCACCACCUUCUGAUCGUCCUCAAAGACAGCAGAAGAAAAAGAUUGUACCUACUGUGGCAGCUGCUGUGUGAAACUGGUGAAGUACCAGAAGUAUACCGUCUCUAAUGGCUCAUCAGAAUCUUCCUCGAAAAGCACCUACUAUCCACAAAUGGGUGAUGAAGUUAUGGACUUUCGGCAAGGACACAGUUGUACAUUAGUGCUGUUCGUUUGAAGAAGGUUGUACGAUCUGGGAACAAGAUGUGAACCUUGGGCUCGACAGAACAUUCGGGCACAUAACUGGUGAAAUAAUGGCAUUAAAUAUGAAAUAUCGACCACCUAGGAUGUGUUGUGCGAUGGCUGAAAAUUAGCUCUCAUGAAUAGCUGAUGGCCGCCUUUACUGCAGAGAAUUUACCAUUAAAUAUGACUGACAUGGCAAUGGUUUUGGAUUUUUCUUGGCUUUUGCGGUCAGACUCUAUGACACAGCAACAAGUGAAUUGGAAGUUGGUGAUAGGUUUCGAUGUAUGAUUGAUGAUUUUUGGUGGAUGGGAACUAUAGUGUCACACAGUCCCUUUGAAGAGAGCUUUCCAGAUUCCCAUUUCAUGUGCUUUCAAGUGAGAUGGGACAAUGGAGAGUUUGAGUUAAUGAGCCCUUGGGAUUUGGAACCCGUUAGUGAAGAUCGUUUACCAGCUGAAGAAGGAGGAGCUGUUCCCGUUCUUCCUGAAGAAAUUCAAGCUAUUUUAUAUCAACCAAGACCUGAAGAAUGGCCUCAAGGGGAUCGGGAAGCUGCAUGUACUCGUAUUCUUGCUGGACUUGAUCAGAUAAUGGGUUUGGCUAUUGCUGAACCAUUUAGUGCUCCUGUAGAUCUCAGUCUAUAUCCAUCUUAUGCAUUUGUUGUGGAAUAUCCCAUCGAUUUAUCAACAAUUAAGGGAAGGUUUGAUAAUAGGUUUUAUCGUCGAGUUACAUCUGCCCAAUUUGACGUACGUUACAUUGCUACUAAUGCUGAAAAAUUCAAUGAACCAAGCAGUCAGAUAGUGAAGAAAGCAAGAUUGAUUACAGAACUUUGUUUGCGAGUUAUCAAGGAUCGAAAUGUUAUUGAUGUAUCAAGUGUAUAUCAUGAACUAGUAGAAGCCUAUCAUUCUUCGGAAUCCGAGUCAGAAAUUGAUGUGGACGUGCCAGGUCCUAGUUGUAUAAAUCCUAGACGUUCAAUGCGUCAAAAGAAGACAUCUCGUAGAAUGUCACUGAGGCAACAGAUCUCAACAGAUUGGAGAAGAGAUUGUCGUGAACUUCUGGAAACUUUAUGGAUGUGUGAAGAUUCUACACCUUUCAGGGAACCAGUUGAUGAAUUAGAACAUCCAGAUUACUACCAAGUGAUUGAUACACCAAUGGAUCUAAGAACAGUUAAAGAAGAUCUGUUAGGUGGUAAUUAUGAAAGCCCACUUGAGUUCUGUAAGGAUGUUCGAUUGAUCUUUCUGAAUUCCAAAAAUUAUAACACUAAUAAACGCUCAAGGAUCUAUUCUAUGACAGUGAGACUUUCUGCAAUGUUUGAGGAACACAUGAAAACAAUCAUAUAUAACUGGAAAGCUGCUCGGCGACGUGCCACAGCAAAUACACAGGCACUAAGGAGGAGUAGUACCAGAACAAGAAAUGCCUCAUCAUCUCACGUGACUCGACUAGUUAAUGGAGCAGGUCCAUCUCGGUGUGUCCAGGAUAGUGAGGAUUCUGAUUCUGUUAGUGAACCUGAGAGACCUGUAAGAAAACAUCCAGUGGCAAAGAAAUCUUCUGUGAAAAAGAGUUCUGCUGGAAAUCCUGUUGCUAAUGGACAUAUUAGAGGAGGUCCUGUUGCAAGACCAGUAAUACGGUUACGUCUGACUAAUUUAAGAAAGACAAAGGCCAACGCUGGUAGUGACUCAGACAGUGGAAGUGAUUCCAGUAGUAAUGGGAGCAGCAGUUCCUCAAAUAGUAGUAGUAGCAGCAGUAGCAGUGGCAGUUCUGGUAACAGCAGUUCAUCCUCCUCAGGUUCUGGCAGUGACAGUGAGCAACGGCAUCGCCGCCGAGAAGCCAGUCCAACGCCGAGAAGUCAGCGAACAAGCCAGUCUAGAGGUAAAAAGCGACCCAGACCAUCUGAUUCGGAAGACAGUUAUGGUCCAGGACCUAGUACUGCCGUCAGAACCAGGAAUAGAGGAAAGCAGAAAGUUCAUUAUAAUGAAGAAAAUAGUGAUCAGUAUGAACGCAGCAGCAGACCUACUAGCAGUGGACGGAAGCAAAGAUCUCAAGUACGUCCAGUCAGAUAUAGGGAUGACAGUGACAGUGAGGCAACAUCAGGGGUGAGUCGUCGUACGAGAGGACUUCGUCAAAAUUAUAUGCAUGAUAGCGAAGGAAGUGGAGUGCAAAGUGAUGGUAGUGAUUGUGGAAAUGUGAGAUCUACUAGAGCUCGAAAAGUUCAAUACUGUGAAGCUAGUGAUGAAAGUGAUGAAGACACCGGUAGACGAACCAGAGGUAAACGAACACAUUACGCUGAAGACAGUGAUAGCUCUGACAUGGUUCCAGGAAUCAGUAUAAGCAGCAGAGGCAGAGUUAGAAAACUUACUCCUAGGGCUAGGGCACUCCUCACAAAAUAACGUAAGUGUAAGCAGACGCGGGUACUUAAAAAAAGAGGGGGGUCAAAUUGUGUGCCAGUAACCAGUGUAAGCAGCAGAGGGCGAAUUCGUAAAUUAACUUUCAAAGCUCAAGCAUUGCUUGCUCAGUAACUUCGUUCUCUGCUACCUGUAACCAGGGAACUGACCUGUGAUAAGAUCUCCGCGUUCUGCUUCUUUGUUUAUAGUAUACCAAAUAUUACAACCUGGUUCCAACCUUUCAUAUUUAUCAACAGUAUUGUGGCUGCAAAUACUUAACAUGAAAUUUGUGCUAUGCACAAAAAGCCUCUACGGCAUGUUGUGUUCGAUUUAUAUGUAACUUGUGCAUGUACUGUACUAUAUAUAGUACCGUAUAUGUAUACCUUUUCUGUAUGCUGAUAUGUAUAUUGUUUGUUUACUAGAGAAUGGUGGUCAUGUACUACCUUUAUUUAAAGACUUAUUGUUUAUUAAUUUGUAAAUACUCUUUUUGACUGUAUAUUUACAGCAUUAGUAAAAACAAUUUAAAUUGAUACAGAAUAUUAUGUUACUAUUGCAGGCCACCUUUUUAGUAGGAUUUGAAAGCAAUAAUUUAAUUAAAAAUGUUAGGAAGAAAAACUAUUCUUAACCUUUGAAAGAGAAAACCAAUAUCCUCUUUGUCCUUCAAAUUAUCUAAUCCUCUCAUGUAAAGACAGUGAUACUUUUGUUGACACUGUGAUGCAGUUGCAAUAGAAAUAUGGAGAAAAGACUUUCCAGGGUUAUUGGGUGUGUUGAAAAAUUUCUUACGUGUUUAGUGAGGUUUUGUGCCUUUAUUCUCAGGAAUAUAAUUUUUUAAAGUAAGGAUAUAUACUAGAGUUAAAUAAAACAACCACAGCUGUGUUCCAUAUAUCACUGCAGAAGUAUUCUGUAUUUAUUGAAAACAACAAUGUGUCUGUGUUUUUCAGUGAUUUUCUUGGAUAAAAAAUGCAUAAUUUUAAUAUAGAUUUGUGUUAUUUGAAUUUUGAUUAUAAGAAUAGGGUUCCUGGAAUUAUAAAUAGAAAAAAAUUGUUGAAGUAAAAACCAACUCAAUAAAUGUUCUUUCUCUCAGUUACUUUCAUUCAAAUUAUUAAUUACUAAGUAACUGCGGUCAUGUAUGAAAUAUAGUCUUGUUUUAAGUUGAUCUGCGUGAUGUCACAAGAUUUAUUUUUUUUUUUUUUAUAGUGCAGUCAAAAAGUAUUCUUUAGUUUGAUGAUGCUUAUGACUUUCUGUCCCUCACUCAUAAUAUUUAUUUAAAUUGACAUUGAAUUUGCUUUUUGACAUUUUUCUGUAAUUUAAUUGCUCUUUCAACCUAUAAUGUUUCACACAUGAAUUAUAUACUGUCUCUAGCUUUUGUUAUAGAAAUGAUUUGUACUCUCAUUUCUGUUGAAAAUUUGUAUUUUAUUUCAUUCUUGUUCUUUCAAUUAUGAUAUAAUUUUUCUCUUUUAGUUGCCAAAAGAAAUAGAUUAAUACAGAAAUGUGUUGAGAAACUUCUUGACUGUACUGCUUAAUAAACAACUGUGGAAAAAUGAUCUUCUGCAGAUUGUGUUGAUGGCUAGUCUUAGCUAGUUUACUGCCAUUCAUGUAUGUCCAUCUUCCAGGGCUAGCUAUUGUUUAUCUUGUUUAAUCAUACUUGUACUGAAUUAAAGUCCCUUCCAUGCUCUGGUGUAGAACAAUCAUGCCAAGAAUUCAUAAUUAUGACUAUCAAAAUAUUUAAUUUCUGAUAUGUAUUAAAUGAAAAUGAGCUUUUUGCUUUCAAUAUAUAUAAAUAUUGAAAGCACUAUUCAAGUAGUUUCAUAAAUUAAUUGUCUAAUUUUAAUUUUCUAAUUCCUUGAUUUAUCAAAAUCGAGGAAUUGAGUAAUAGAAAAUUCUCUUUUAAAAACUGAAAUAUUAGUUUUUACAAUAUUUGUAAUGAAGUUUGUGAAUUUUAUGGUCAUGCAAAAACCAAAGAUAAAUUGAAAAUGAACAAAGCAUAGAGGGGACUUCAAGUUAAUUUUUAUUUUUCAUUUAUUAAGAUACAUCAUUGCUAAAUUAUUCCAUUUGUAAAAAAGAAAACUUGGUUUUACCAAAAUAUAUAUUUUGAAGUCUCCACAUUUUCACGUUUUGAUCAUUUUCUUCACAGUUUGCUUUAGUGUGAGGUGAUCUAUUUGGCAAGAUGAAAACAAUAGCUCAAAAAUGUUUGUGUGAAAUGUUUGCUUUUGCCAAGUAUGUGUGUACAAAUUUAUCAGCACAUGAUGUUUGCAAUUUUAAAAAGCAUUAAAAUUAUUUUCUAAUCCUAAUGUGGUGCUACACAAGAGUUUAUCUUAUGAAUACCAGGU